AAACGCGACAGAUUUGGCUACUGAUAGAAGAGAAAAGCAACACGGGCAUAUCCGCAAGUUAACGUGUCGACUCGAGAACACGUCGGGCACGUGAGCGCGCGGAGAACCGUAGUCGACGCAAUUGCGCGCAGUCUUUUCGUCAACGGGACACACACAGGGUGGCGUAGAAAAAACAAUCGGCGGUCCAGGUCGAAGGAACCUUCUUUCGCCGGACGACCGAGAAGCCAAAGGAGAUGCAGCGCCUAGGAGUUCAAACAAUCCGCACCGGCAGGGCCAUGCUGGGCAGCAGGCUGUACACCACUGCACCUGCGCAGGAGCAAGUGGUGUCCGCCACCUUUAAGGUUCAGGAUAACAAGGAUUUCCACGAGCGCGUGAUGAACUCCAAAGUACCCGUCAUCGUCGACUUCUUUGCCACAUGGUGUAAUCCGUGCCGCAUGCUGACUCCAAGAAUAGAAACGGUUGUUGCUGAAAAACAAGGGAAGGUACUGUUGGCAAAGGUCGAUAUCGACGAGAACACAGAUCUCGCCCUUGACUAUCAGGUGGGAUCUGUGCCUGUGCUCAUCGUUAUGAAGGAAGGAAAGGUUCUCGAAAGAAUAGUCGGUCUACAGGACACCGACAAGCUCAGACAAUUUGUUAACAAGUAUGCAGAGUAGCAAAAAUUGUUAUGUAAAUUACCUCUGAUGGUCGCAGUUUUUUGUUAAUCCUUGUAUAGAGAAUUUUUACAUUGCGCUUCAAAAUCUACACAACUAUGUUUAUAGUAAAUUUUUCUUAGCCACUAAGUAAAAUGUAUCCCGAUAUAAAUAUAUAUACAGAUAACAUUGUGCAAAACAAGUUGAGAUUUUGCGCUUUGCAGAUUCAGUAAAAGGUUCUUAUCAAUGA